GGGAUCGUAGAGGAAAAGGAAAGAAUACGCCCUUUUUAUAUCCCUACUUGGCGGAUAGCGCAAGCGAUGUGAAACUUCCUCAGUUACAACGCUGUCAGACGCUGUUUUCUUAGAUGAUCAAAGGAGAAUUAUCAGCCUAACCAUAAUAAAAAGAAAUCUGGGGAUUAAUGUUAUUAUACGUCUUUUACCACAUCAAGACGAAUAAGCUUUAAUUCGAAGAAAACAAUGGAAGACUUAGGAUUGCCUGACCCACCUUACUCCCCUCUCAGUCCUCGUAUUGUUGUGUUUGAUGCACUUCUGGCUGAUUUGGAGAACUCCACCUCUCCCCUGGCCAGACGUCCUGUCCUCCUCACCUCUGAACCACCUGCUGCCCCUGGGUCUCUCUCAGAUUCAGGCUCCUCUGGCACCCGAGACCCCAUCCAGCCACGGCCCCCACCUCCGGCCUACACCCCUCAGCAAGUGAGUGAGGAAAUGACUGUGUCUGCUGCAAUGAAGUCCAGUGUUUCUCAGAAUCCGGACACUGACAAACUGUACAGCACGGUGUGCAAGCCCCGCUCUCCUCGCUCCCCUGACCCUCCCCCAGCCUUCUCCUCCUCUUCUGUUUUAGGGGGUGGCCUUAGUGAGCUGGACCACUUACUACAAGAGCUCAAUGCCACCCAGUUUAACAUCACAGAUGAGAUUCUUGCCCAAUUCCCCACAAGUAAAAAGGAUGAGGGGGAAAAGCUGAAGGAAUUCCAGGGCUCUCGGGGUCGUGAGGACACAGGCAAAGACAAGGCAGGAUCUCCUACCUCCCCUUCUGGCUCUGUGAAGCCUUCAGCCACCUCUGCUACUCUGGAGUUAGACAAACUCAUGGCAUCCCUCUCUGACUUCAGAGUCCAGAGCUCUCCAGCUCCUCCUGUCAGCCAGCCGGUGGUCACAUCUCCACGGCAGCAAGCCCCACCACCACAGGCCUCUUCUGGUGGCUCCUUGGACAGCAUGCUAGGACUCCUUCAAUCGGACCUCAGUAGGCAGGGAGUCCCCACCUCCUCCAAGGGGAACUGCUCUGCUUGUCAGAAACCAGUAGUGGGACAGGUGGUGACUGCCCUGGGUCGAGUGUGGCACCCAGAGCACUUUGUGUGCACCGAGUGUGAGAGCGAGCUUGGAAACCAGAACUUCUUUGAGAAAGAUGGCAGACCCUACUGCGAGUCUGACUAUUUCUCCCUCUACUCCCCACACUGUGCACACUGCAACAAGCCCAUACUCAACAAAAUGGUCACUGCCCUGGACAAGAAUUGGCACCCAGAGUGCUUCUGCUGCGUCAAGUGUGGGCGGGCCUUUGGGGAGGAAGGUUUCCAUGACCGUGAGGGACAACAGUACUGUCAGCAGUGCUUCCUUUCCCUGUUUGCCUCCCGCUGCCAAGGGUGCUCUCAGCCAAUCCUGGAGAACUACAUCUCUGCCCUCAACUCCCUCUGGCACCCACAGUGCUUCGUCUGCAGAGAGUGCUACACACCUUUUGUGAACGGCAGUUUUUUUGAGCAUGAAGGCCAGCCGCUGUGCGAGGCGCACUACCAUCAGUCCAGGGGCAGCGUGUGCCAGGCUUGCCAGCAGCCCAUCCUGGGCCGCUGCGUUACCGCCAUGGGCGCCAAGUUCCACCCCCAUCACCUGGUCUGCCACUUCUGCCUCAAGCCCCUCAGCAAGGGCUGCUUCAAGGAGCAGGAGAACAAGCCCUACUGCCACACCUGCUUCCUCAAACUCUUUGGCUAAGGAAGGGGUGAGCAAGGUAGCGAGUGUCUGACCGGCUUCCACAAACUUCAACGAGAGGGACAGGAGGAUGAGAGAUAAUUAUAUCCUUUCUUUGUCAAAAUUUCAAGCUGCAGAUUGUAGACAGACAGGCAAGUCACAGUCGGAUAAGUUUAGACAAUAAUCAGUGCUAAGGCAGAACAGGUGGGUGGGGCCAGGUACACAACAUCAAAAAGGGAUAUAAUGUAAUCCUUGGCUAAUACUAUAUGAAAACUACAAGAGUGCCAAAUGAGAGAGAUUUGGAAUACAGAAAAUCAGAGAGGGAAAUGAAUGAAAAUGACAUUAAUGGGCUGAUAGGGCAGUACAGUACAUCAGAAUGCUACAGUGAAUGACUGAGGUGGUGGUGGUGGAGUGGAGCAUUACUUACCUGAAUGACAGUUCUCUGUGUCAACAACCAUACAGUAUAUCUACUCUCCUUCAUUCUGUGCCGUUGAGUGUAAUGUUAAUGCACUGACAUAUGUCCCCCAUAUGUCUCUCUUGCUCUCCCUCAGGACAGAAAUGUAUGAAAUAUUUUGUAGAACAGAGAAUGGAGAGAGAGGGCAGAAUGUAUGGAAUGAUUCAAAUUGGUAUUUCUGAAGUUUAUAUUGAAGUCAUUAGAUUUGAUUCUGAUUAUUUGGAUGAAGGACCCUUUAUGUUUCUUUUAUAUUUCCUGUUCCUUUUGGGAGUAUAUAUAUAUAUAUAUGUGCUUUGCAUUGCAGUUAAAGCUGUUGAUGUCACCAAUAUUGCUGCAUUCAUUUUAGAUAUAUAUUUUGUUCUUGUUUUUUUAAGUGGA